GACGGUGUCCAGAUCAGAAAGUCGAAAUACUGAGACGUAUCAGAGUGGAAGAUGAGGACAGCUGCUUGCUAAACCCUGAUUCUCCUGUCCAUCUGUUCACUUGGAGUCGUUCUCUUCUCUGCUGCAUGACUUAGCCUUUUUUGACUCCUCUUUACCUUCUCUUUCUCCCUCAACCAGCACAGCACCACAUCCGUCAUGGUGCGUCUUAGGGAAAUUCCACGCACAGCGACUUUCGCGUGGUCUCCCGAUGCGCCCUCGUCUUGGAUCGCAACCGGCACGAAAUCGGGUGCUGUCGACGUCGAUUUCAGCAAUGAAACCUGUCUAGAACUUUGGGACCUGGCAUUGGAGAAUGGUGAACAGAGUCAAGAAUUACAACCCUCCGUCACUCUGCCUACUGAGACAGGCUUUCACGACCUUGCCUGGACGCCGGCUCAGGCUGGACACAAGAGGGGGAUUAUUGCUGGGGCCUUUGACAAUGGAUCACUGGGCUUGUGGGACGCGGACAAGGCCAUCACGAACACGGCGGAUGCCUCUAUUUUCACCCACAAAAUACACAGCGGAGCAAUCAAGGCCUUGCAAUUCAAUCCCAAGAUACAGAAUUUCCUCGCAACGGGUGGUGCCAAAGGGGAACUAUUCAUUUCAGACUUGAACCACCUCGACGCCCCAAUACGGCUUGGAAGCACUGCUGCCCGGGCGGACGAUAUCGAUUGUCUCGACUGGAAUAAGAGAGUCUCAAAUAUCCUGGUCACAGGAAGCAGCGGAGGUUUCGUGACAGUAUGGGACAUGAAAACAAGAAAAGAGAGCUUGACGCUCAACAACUUCCAGCGGAAACCUGCUAGUGCUAUUGCAUGGGACCCUGAAAAGCCCACGCGAUUGAUUACUGCUGUACCGCUCGAGCAGGAGCCUGUCAUCUUAGUCUGGGAUCUAAGAAACUCAAACGCCCCGGAGAAGGUGCUUCGUGGGCAUGACUCGGGAGUCCUCUCGGUUGCCUGGUGCCCGCAGGACCAUGACCUCUUGCUAUCCUGUGGGAAGGACAACAGGACGAUACUAUGGAACCCCCAGACCGGAGAAGCGUAUGGUGACUAUCCAGUUGUGACAAACUGGACUUUUCAGACAAGGUGGAAUCCUCAUAACCCGAACAUGUUUGCGACUGCCUCCUUCGACGGCAAGCUGCAGAUCCAGACCCUGCAGAACACCAAUCCGAGCAGCACUCAGACAGACCAGAGCCAGGCUGCCGAUGGAGAGGACUUCUUCUCCAAAGCCCAGACGCAGCCUCAGACUUCAUCUUUCUCGCUUGUCAAGGCACCCAAGUGGCUAGAGCGACCUGUUUCCGUAUCUUUCGGCUUUGGUGGAAGAAUCAUCAGCGUCAAGCAAGCGGAUCCUGGGAAAUCGAGGGCUUCAAAGAUCUGCAUCAGCAAAUUCGAGGUGGAUUCGAACGUCGGGAGCGCGACAGAAACCUUCGAAAAAGCUCUUCAGUCAGGGGAUCUCACCGGCUUGUGUGAGGACAGGGUUGCAUCUGCAAGGACUGAGGAGGAAAAGGCUGAUUGGAAGGUCAUUGAAACCCUGGUGUCCAAGAAUCCUCGAGCGGAGCUAGUGAAAUACCUAGGCUUUGAAGACACAGCUGAAGACAGCACAAAUGGUGUUGAGCAGCAGCCUUCAGGGGAUGACAAUCCAGAAGAGCAAAAACCCUCCGUCAACGGGGCCUCGAAGGCGCACAAGCGAUUCCAGUCCAUUUUCGCAAGCUCGGCCGACGGGGAUUUUUUGGCGGAAUUGGCGGCUACGAAGGGUACCAGGACCAACAAUCCCUUCCAGAUCUACACGGGAUCCGAGUCCCAGGCCGACCGAAAGAUCACAAGGGCCUUGAUUUUGGGGCAAUUCGAGAAAGCUCUGGACGUAUGUCUGCAGGAGAACAGAAUGUCUGAUGCUUUCAUGAUUGCCAUUUGUGGCGGCGAAGCCUGCAUUAAGAAAGCCCAAGAAGCAUAUCUCGCAAAACAGUCCGGCGGACCAAACUACCUUCGUCUGCUCGCUUCGGUUGUUGGCAAAAAUCUCUGGGAUACAGUCCACAAUGCUGAGCUCGCGAAUUGGAAAGAAGUCAUGGCCACGCUGUGUACAUUUGCUGAUGAGCAGGAGUUUCCGGAUCUUUGCGAAGCUCUUGGAGACAGGAUUGAGGAACAGAUCGAUGAUCUUUCUUCAGUCUCCCGGAAAGAUGCAUCUUUCUGCUUCUUGGCUGGUUCCAAGUUGGAAAAGGUGGUCGCCAUCUGGAUUCAAGAACUCAAGGAGCACGAGGAGGCAGGAGCCUCGGAAGCGGACGCAUCUUCAGCAUUUUCGCUGCACGCCCGCGGCCUCCAAGACUUCAUUGAAAAAGUAACAAUUUUCCGACAAGUGGUUAACUUCAAGGACGAAGGGCUGUCCAAGACUGGGGAGUGGAGGCUGGAAGCCCUGUACGGCAAAUAUCUGGAAUAUGCAGACAUUGUAGCUGGUUCCGGCCAGCUCGACGUUGCCCAGAAAUAUCUUGAUCUUCUUCCUGCAAGCUAUCCGGGAGCGGAUGUUGCAAGAAGCCGGAUUCAACAGGCAAGGAAGAAGACAGCCGCUCCAGCGGCUGUUCCUCAAGCUGCCCCGAUAACGACAAGAAACAAGCCUCUGCCAGGCACGUCACAAUUUCAGCCUCCGACAACUGCUUUUACUCCACCAACUCCUCAGGUACCUACUCCUUAUGGUGCAAGCCACUUGCAACCGAGCAACCCCUAUGCACCACCCACGGCCACCAGUGCACCGUCAAAUCCAUAUGCGCCCGUUGGCGGUAGCUAUCAACCUCCACAGCAAAUGAGAAUGCCUCCCGGCCCUCCUCCCACCGGCCCAUACGGCAUUCCACAAGCAAAUCCUAUCCAACCCCCUCCUAGAUACAAUCAAUCUCCGGCCAUUCCUCCUCCGUCCCAAGACAAAGGUAUGUCCAACUGGAAUGAUAUCCCUGAGGGCUUUGUCAAACCUCCGACUUCGAGAAGAGGCACACCUAGCGUUCCACCGCAGCCUGCCCAGAAUCCAUUUAGUCCACCCCCGGGACAAAUAUCGUCUCCUCCUGCUGCUCCGCCUCUCGGUUCAAGGCAGAGAGCCUCGCCAGUUCCCCCUCCACCAAAAGGGACUGGUCCACCUCCGCGAGUGACAUCUCCUCUGGGCGGGCAACCCCCUUUUGAGCGACCAUCAUCAGCAAGCAAUCCUUAUGCACCACCGGCCGUCACAUCGCCACCCAUCGGACAGAAUAUCAUGUCGCCGCCAAUUCCGAGAGGUCCAUCUCCAUAUAACGCGCCUCCUUCCCACGCUCCUACAGCCCCCAACAGAUAUGCGCCGGCAUCAGGGAGCCAGCACUCGACUGCUCCAAAUACACGUCCAUCUAUAGCGCCACCUCCCCAAAGUUCAUCCUUCCAAGUGCCUGCUCCUCCGAUGAACCCUUAUGCUCCAACUCAUCAAUCGCAACCAACUCGGCAGACAAGCUAUGGUCCUCCCCAACCCACACAGACGCCGCAGUCAGCUACAGCGCCGCCAAUACCCACCCCACAACAGCAAUUCAUUUCCGGGCCACCUCCCGCAGGAAGCGGGCCUGCCGCUCAAGGGCCACCCUCGCGGCCUGGCACAGCGGGUUCAAAUAAAGCCUCCGCUGCUCCUUCAGCACGGAAAUAUCCCAAGGGCGACCGCACACACAUUUCCCCCUCUGCCCAACCAAUCUAUACCAUCCUCUCUUCCGAAAUGGCGCGUGUCAAAGCUCGAGCUCCACAGUCAUUUAAACCACAAGUCGUUGAUACCGAAAAACGGCUCGAUAUCCUCUUUGAUCAUUUGAACAAUGAGGAUCUGCUUAAGCCGGACACAGUGGCGCAAUUGGUUGAGCUAGCUCAAGCGCUGGAAGGAAGGGAUUUUGUCAAGGCACAGGAAAUUCAGAUGGAUGUGCAUACAAACAAAGUAGAGGAGUGUGGGCAUUGGAUGGUGGGUGUGAAGAGGCUGGUGGGGAUGUGUAGAGCCACCCCUUAAGGGCCGCCGACGACCCUACCUACCGAGAUAAAAUCUCCCGGACAGGACGAUCGAGCGAUUCCUACGAAUAUGAGUAUGAACACGACUUCCAUGGUCAGACGGCUGGUAGAAUAGUGUGGAUUUACGUCUACAAGAGUGUGACAUUGCCGGGAUGGGAUGGACGACUGUGUUUCGGAGGAAGCGACAAUGAUUCCCUUUAGCUUGGAUUACUGCACCGUAGAGCCCGUGCAUGCACGAGGAACUCACUCACUCAUAGAUGAAAUGACGAGAUUGAGAAGAAAGCACAAAGGGUGGCUCUUUUCUGAUCUUGUGAGAUAAAACCAAGGUUUGGGAUUAGUUUGCACCAUUAGAAGCACAAAAGAAUGACCUUG